AUGAAUAAAAUUAUAGUAAUUAGUAAUAUAAAAUGGAUACAUCAAAACCAUCCUGGUCAAAUUGUAGUUCCUCUAAAUGUUGAUUCAACUCAGGGAAUGGCAAUGCAAGUAUAUCAAGUUUAUCAAGCAAUCAAUAGUUUGGUUAGCAAUAACGCUAGUUUCGAUGGUGGAUAUCACUUGAUUGGACAUGCACAAGGUGCUCUUGUUCUUAGAUCCGUCGUAGAAAUGUUUGGAUUGGAAGUAGAUAAUUUUAUUUCAUUAGCUGGAGUACAUAUGGGAGUUUAUGGAUUUGAUAGUUUUAUUAAUCGUUGGUUUAAGGAUUUGACGAAUUGGGAGAUUACAGAAAUGCUAUACACCAAGAAUAUGCAAACACACUUUAGUGUUGCUGGUUGGUGGAACGAUGCCAAAAAUCAACCAAAGUAUUUCAGGGACAACACAUGGUUGCCUGCCAUCAAUCAACAGUUGGAUGAACACAUCCCAACCUACAAAGAGAAUUUCUUAAAUAUCGGUGCAUUCCAUGCUUUUGGAUCACAAGAUGACGGUACUGUAAUUCCAUGGCAAUCAUCGAUUUUCGGAUUCUACGAUGAACAUUUAAAUGUUGUACCAAUGACCGAUCAAUUGAUAUAUAUUAAUGAUACAUUUGGAUUGCAAACACUUGCCACCAACUCACGUUUAAGUUUAAUCGAGAUUGACGAUGUCAAACAUUACGAAUGGUUCACUCGUCAAGAUAUUUUUGUAAAUUAUAUUCUUGAUCUCCUAUCUUAG